CUCGGUGUUUGGCAAAAAGCUUCAGUGCUCAAAUGAAACUCAAAUCGUGAGGUACACGUAAAUUCGUGCGCUGCGUCAAGUGAAAGAACAAACAAAUCCAAGCACACUCUCGCAUACAAAAACCACUAACUGCAAUAUAAGCUAUAUAGAGAAUAAAUAAAGGACAAUUGUUGAGGCAAGAGUAAAGACAAGUGAAAUCAAGAACAAAAACAUAGAAGGCCGGACCAAAAAUGCCAGCGGAAAAAUCAAUAUACAAUCCAAAUCCGGCAAUCAGCCGUAACGCGUACAUAUCCAGCUUCGAGGAGUACACGAAGUUCUAUCAAGAGUCCUUAGACAAUCCUGCCGAGUUUUGGAAAAAGAUAGCCAAGCAGUUCCACUGGGAAACACCUGCUGAUGCCUCCAAGUUUAUGCAAUACAACUUUAACAUCUCCAAGGGACCUAUCUCAAUCAAAUGGAUGGAGGGCGCCUCAACCAACAUUUGCUACAAUCUAUUGGAUCGCAAUGUGCGCAACGGCCUGGGUGAUCAAAUUGCCUAUUACUGGGAGGGCAACCACCCCGACGAUUACUCACGUGGUCUCACCUAUCGCAAGCUGCUGGAGGAGGUCUGCCGCUUCGCCAACGUGCUAAAGGAUCAUGGCGUGCAGAAGGGCGAUCGCGUGGCCAUCUAUAUGCCCAUGAUCUUGGAGCUGCCCAUUGCCAUGCUGGCCUGCGCACGCAUUGGCGCCGUGCACUCGAUUGUGUUUGCGGGCUUCUCACCGGAUUCGCUGGCGGAGCGCAUGUACGAUUGCAAGGCCAAGCUGUUGAUCACGGCUGAUGGCGCCUGGCGUGGCGAGAAGCCGCUGUAUCUGAAGGCGCUGUGCGACACAGCUUUGGAGAAGGUGGAGGAGAUGGGUCAUGCAGUGGAGAAGUGCAUUGUGGUGUCGCAUUUGAAGCGCGUAACGCCUUGCCAGGAGAACCAUGUGGAGCAGGAUAUACCCUGGACCGAUGAUCGCGACUACUGGUGGCAUGAGGAGAUGGAGGACAAGGAGCCAGCCUGCUAUCCCGAAUGGAUGGAUGCUGAGGAUCCGUUAUUUAUGCUCUAUACCAGCGGCUCCACUGGCAAACCCAAAGGUGUGCUACACACCACCGCUGGCUAUCUGCUCUAUGCGGCCACGACAUUCAAGAUUGUGUUUGAUUACAAGCCCGGCGAUAUUUAUUGGUGUACCGCCGAUGUGGGCUGGAUUACUGGCCACACCUAUGUGGUCUAUGGUCCACUGGCCAAUGGCGCAACUUCAGUUAUUUUCGAGGGCACUCCCUUCUUUCCUGAGAACGAUCGCUACUGGAGCGUCAUUGACAAGUACAAGGUGACGCAGUUCUAUACGGCGCCCACAGCUAUACGUGCGCUCAUGAAAUUCGGAGAAGCACCUGUGCUCAAGCACAAUCUGAGUGGACUCAAAGUGCUGGGCAGCGUUGGUGAGCCUAUCAAUCCCGAGGCUUGGCUUUGGUACUAUCGCUAUAUAGGCAAGGAGCAGUGCUCCAUCGUGGACACCUUCUGGCAGACAGAAACUGGCGGUCACGUUAUAACGCCCCUACCCGGUGCCACGCCCAUGAAACCAGGCUCAGCCUCGUUUCCCUUCUUUGGCGUCAAACCCAUUUUGCUGGACGAGUGCGGCAUUGAGAUCAAGGGUGAAGGUGAGGGCUACUUGGUAUUUUCGCAGCCCUGGCCAGGCAUGAUGCGCACGCUUUACAACAAUCACGAGCGCUUCGAGGAUACAUACUUCUCCAAGUUUCCUGGCUUCUACUGCACCGGAGAUGGCGCUCGUCGCGAUGCUGACGGCUACUUGUGGAUCACUGGCCGCGUUGAUGAUAUGUUGAAUGUUUCGGGCCAUCUCAUGUCCACAGCCGAGGUGGAAUCUGUGCUCACAGAGCAUCCACGUGUAGCCGAAUCGGCUGUGGUCUCGCGUCCACACCCGGUCAAGGGCGAGUGCCUCUACUGCUUCAUUACGCCCAAUGAGAACGAGCCGUUUGAUCAAAAGCUCAUUGCCGAUCUGAAGAAGAUGGUGCGUGAGCGCAUUGGCCCCUUUGCCAUGCCCGAUGUUAUACAGAAUGCGCCCGGAUUGCCCAAAACGCGUUCGGGCAAGAUAAUGCGUCGCGUGCUGCGCAAGAUUGCAGUCAACGAUCGCAAUGUGGGCGACAUCUCAACGCUGGCCGAUGAGAACAUUGUGGAGCAACUGUUUGCCAAUCGUCCUGUAGAGGCCAAGUAGAGCGAUUACCAUGCACACUUGCUUUCUAGCUACUCUAGAGUUUCGCGCUAGCUCAACCUUAACUGCGUAUUUAUAUUAUACGUGCAUCUUGUAAAUCUCCCCCUACACUUUACUAUACUAACUUAAUGUUUAACGCUAACUUGUUGGACCCCAGUGCGGGCUCACAUAUUCCAAUUAGUUCUUAAAGCAGUUGCCUGCGUGUGUGUGUGACCAAGUGUUAUAUUGAUUGAUUCUUUAGCGUAUAUACUAUAUGUCCUAACAUUAGCACGCAUAUAUAGUUUGAUUGCAGUUCAUUUGUUUCUUUGUUGUAGUCUUAGCUUAAGUUUUUGCUAGAUUCGUUGUGAUACAAAUUUAAUUAUAUUAAUUAUUGUAUGUAUUUUUAGUAGCAUUGAUAU